AUGAAACGAGUUACAAGUUUCAGAAGAAUCCAGUCGGAAGUUCCGUUUCGCAUGGUGAGGGCGACCCAGUCCAAACCGUUCGGACCCGUCCGAUUUUCCAGGCGAUUGAGGAACUUGUCGCCGGAACCGUGGAAUUUUCUGAGCGAUACUCGGAAGAUGCUCAGCAGGAAACAGAGCAAACGUAUCAUCGAAUGUUGCGUCCCAAUCAUGAAAAUCAAAAACGAAGUCACACAGGCCGCAGAGAGAAAGUACAAAAUACGCAGACAACACGUCUUGGAUAUAAUUAACAAGGGCAGCCGAAGGGAGUUGGAAAAGUUAUCUUCGGUGGGCAGCAAAACGGCCCAAAGAAUCGUCUUAUUUAGGAAUCUCAAAGGCCCCAUAAUAAGAAUUUCUCAGCUGGCCGACAUGCCAAACUUUCCUAAGAGACUCUACGAGAACUUUUUAGCGCAAAACUUUUUGAAACAAACAAAUUAA